UCCGAGGACGAGCAGGAGGUUAGCGCGGCGGUGCGGUGCCGUGACACUGACCACCUUUAGGUGCUCUUCAUUAUUCCAGGAGCAGAGUUCAGCAGUGCACGGACCUCCUCUCUUUUUGUCUACAUUUGUGCAGGCGGUUAACAGCAAGAGGCGCGUAGCACACAUCGUGUAUAUAUAUAGAUAUUUACAUAUCUCUAUAUAUAUAUAUUUAUAUAUACAGUAUAUGCAUGGUAUCAGGAAGGGUCAAUGUAUUCGCCUUCUACCCUCUGAGAGGGGUUUGUAAUGGUGAAGUUAGCUUUAUGGAGGCUUCUCUGGACAUUCACAGACUGAGCUGCACCGCCGCUGUUAGAACAGCAGCUCACAGUGAAGCUACAGCCUGCACAAUAAAACACAUCCACACAUCCAGCGCAGGUUUAGCAGGCUAAGCUACACAGCUAGUUGCUGCUACUGUAGCCACAAGGUAGAGAGACAGACAGGCAGGCGAGCACACACACACACACACACACACACACACACACACACACUCACACACGUACGCACACACACACACACGGCGAGGAAGCACGCUGCACACAAAUCGGCCUGCAUUUGCACAAAAAGAGCACAUUUUUGUGUACUUGAGAUUCAGAUGGGAGAAAUGAUUGCUGAGGUGUUCAAGGCAUCUGACAGGGCAGCUUUUAAUUGAAGUGAUUUUUUGAAGGCCCUGGAAGAUCUGCCAACGUGUUUCUUGUGCAGGAUUAAGUUGGAAUAAUAACUUUGCAAGGAUUUAACCAUCAAAUGAACUCGGGAGCUGCUGAUUAUUACACUCCAAAAAAAGACAAAUUGAGGGCUUUUUUUCCUUCUUCUUCUGUGCUCGUGGCUGCAUCAGGAGGUCUGGUAUAAAAAGCCUGUCAAGCCCACAGUGGCCACUUUACUAUCAGUCAGGGAGGUCAGGCAGGAGGGAAGCUCAGGGCUGCGAGGAGACACACACACACAGCAAAGCCCGACUGCAGUGUGUCGUGGUCGAUUUGGACGGCUGGGUCGCUGCUGCUGUUGCUGGGAGACUUCCUGGGCUUCUUGAGCGGCUCUGAAGGAUGACCGCUGCACGGCUCGCUGCAGAAUCCCGGUGAACGAACGGCAUCUCAUGUCCAAACGGCGGAAGGAUGGCUCAUGGCAAAGUGACCAUCACGGUGGACGAGUACAGCUCCAACCCCACACAGGCCUUCACACACUACAACAUCAACCAGAGCCGCUUCCAACCUCCACAUGUCCACAUGGUGGACCCCAUUCCUUAUGACACUCCCAAGCCAUCAGGACACACCAGGUUUGUGUGUGUGUCCGACACACACUCGCGUACAGACGGCAUCCAGAUGCCCUACGGCGACGUGCUGCUGCACAUGGGUGACUUCACCGAGCUGGGCCUGCCCUCCGAGGUUAAGAAGUUCAACGACUGGCUAGGUGGCCUCCCGUACGAGUUUAAGGUGGUGAUUGCCGGCAACCACGAGCUGACCUUUGAUAAGGACUUUAUGGCCGAGCUGGUCAAGCAGGAUUACUACCGAUUCCCCUCAGUGUCCAAACUCAAACCGGAGGACUUUGACAAUGUCCAGACGCUCCUCUCAAACUGUGUGUACCUGCAGGACUCGGACGUCACCAUAAAGGGAUUCCGGAUAUACGGAGCGCCAUGGACUCCGUGGUUUAACGGCUGGGGGUUCAACCUGCCUCGGGGUCAGUCUCUGCUGGAUAAAUGGAACCUCGUCCCCGAAGGCAUCGACAUCCUGAUGACCCACGGACCUCCGCUCGGUUUCCGAGACUGGGUUCCUAAGGAGCUGCAGCGGGUCGGCUGUGUGGAGCUGCUGAACACAGUCCAGAAGAGGGUGCGACCCAAACUUCAUGCCUUCGGAGGCAUACAUGAAGGCUACGGGAUCAUGACAGACGGCUACACGACGUUCAUCAACGCGUCGACCUGCACCGUCAGCUUUCAGCCCACCAACCCCCCCAUCGUGUUUGACCUGCCCAACCCCUCCAGCUCCUGAGACCAGAGGACGGGGAGGGGUGGGGGGCGAGGACGGGGGGGGGGGGAGGGGGGGGGGGGGGGACCACGAUAAACUACUUUUUUUUCUAUAAAUAUGUCAAGUUAAAAAAAAAAAAAAAAAUCUUUGUGUUUCUUUGCAAACUUUUUGUCUUCUCCAAGCUGUUGUUGAGUUUGAGAAGAUUUGGAGACGUGGGGUGGGGGGGUGGGGGGGGUUGUCUGGGAGGGUUAAAGGAGAAUACCGGUGUUUUAGUUUUUUUCUAAUUGUGCCAACGAUGCUGGUUUCCUGCUCGGAUUUCAGUUUUUCUACACACAGUCAGCGUAGUUGCAGAUAUCAGGGCUCGUUUUCCUCCUUUUUUUCAAUCUCUGAAAAUAAACUUCCACAAAGUGAGAUAAUCCAUGAAGAAACUUCGUCCUGAUUUCAGCAUUUUUAUAUCAGCGGUACUCAGUGUUGCGCUCCACUUCCUGUUAAUCGCCUGACAGCCACGGGAAGAGAUGCUAACCGGGAUAUAAUCCCUCCAAAAUACGUUGCAUUAGUGCAAAAUAGAAGAGAGGGAGAGCGGUGACAAAGAACGUAUAUCACCACGAAGGGAAAGUCAAUUAUUCGUUCCAUUGCGACAUCAGCCCCCAGCAGCAGAGCUACGCUUCCGCCAUUUUGGACUGAAAGCGACGACCAGACGCCAGUAAAACGUCCGCUUAAAAAGUGCCAUACAAAAGUCAAACAAUAUUAUUUCUAUUCUGUUGUCAUAUUCUACCGAAAUGGCUUGUGUCGAACAUUAAAUAUUAUAAAUAUAAGUCCAAAAUGGCGGCAGCAGCUGUUUGGUCUCUUUGCUUCUAUACUAUUCGGCGAUGAUUUAAGACCAUUUCUUUUCUGGAUCAUGACGUCAUUAAGUUAUUUUCAUCAUAGCAAGCUCAUUUUCUUGAGGUCGCCAAACAAUAUUUUUGUUUUGUUACAGGAAAAUACUUUAUAUUAUUUGGCAUUUCUGACAUAAGCUAUUAAUUUUUUUUUUUUAUCACAAAAAUCACAAUUUCAUGAUCACAGGAAAACAAACAUGGGGAAUAUUUACACUCUUGUCCUCGUUGGCCUUCCGUAACGUGGUACCGUCACAUCUGCAUGUCUUCGUUAAUUUGGAAAGUUUGUAUUAAGAAAAAUAAGUGUUAAAUUAUACAUAAGUAUGCAAUGCAAAAUGAAUUUGUGGGGAAUGUAAAACUGAGCUAUGAGUGCCGGUAUUCUCCUUUUUCAGAGGGAUUUUGUGGUUAAACAAUCUUGCUCUUGAUAAAUAUUGGUCAGAUCUGUAAGAUAAAUAAUGCUUUGUGAAUUUGUACAAUUUCUUUAUGUUUGGUUUGCAUUGGCCGGACAAUGAAUGCCAUUGUUUUAUGUUGUAUCAUCUGAUAUUUUGUGUUUAGGUCUUUUUUUUUUCUCGUCAGUUGCUCUUUUCUUAUUGGCUGACAGGGACGCUGCCUUAAACUAGCUUUAAUGUUCUCAGCUAGAGCCCCACUCUCUGCAAGCUCAGAGAAAAGUCCUUAUUUAUUUACCACGCAAAACAACACCUGACUAACGCCGGGACAGAAAGCUAUCAAAUUACAGCCCCAAAAAUUUACUUUGUAACAUCCCGCUAUGGAUUUCUGAUCUAAUUUGGAAAAUGUAUGUAUAAAAUAUAUAUAUAUAUAUAUUAUAUAUUCAUGUUGUAAAACAUCUGUACUAAAAGUUGUGUUUGACGAAAAAAAGAAAAUCUGGUGCAUUUUUUUCUGUAUGCGCCGGUUUAAUUGACCCGUUUCUUUAAUGUUCCCAUCAGACGUUUGUUUCAUGUUUUUUCUAUCGACUCUCCCGGUAGGGUAGACGUUAAUAUUGGAUGAGAGAGGAAAAUGUGUCAGAGUCACAAUCCAACAGGUGCUGGUUGUUCCCAACAACACGCCUGCCUAAACCUGGUAAAGUUGUCCUUUAAAGUGUAAAUCUGAUAGUAUUUGUGUUUUAUUGCUUUCUUUUUUUCUAAUUUUGCACUGAGUGUAAAUGCAAUCUUGCUAGCACAAAAAAAACGUUGCCAAUAGUUGUCUCAACUUUGCCGCUGUAAAUGCUCUUUCCGUGCUCUGUUCCGCUCUCGCUCUUUCUCUGAUUGUAUCCCUCUUCAUGGAAAUGUUAGUUCUCUCUUUCAGUUUACUGUGAUAUAUUUAGCUGCCUUUAUAUGCAAAUAAAAUUGCAAGAUUUUUACUUAUCAA